AUGGAUGACAUCCAUGAUUUUGAUACAAUAGAUGUGGAGCUGGAUGUGUACUUCAAAAAGAAACAAGCUUCCCGAUGCAAAGACGAAUUUCUCAAUAUUCUAUGUGAAGAAGACGAUUACGAGGCAGUAGAUGAUGCUCAAACUGAAAAUGAUGCUCAAACUGGAAACGAUGCUCAAACUGGAAUCACUAAAGAAGAAUCAGAUGAAGAUUAUCUGGAAGGUAGUAACGAGGAAGGUAGUGAUGAGGAAUUUGAGUAUUCCACCCACAAUCCAAAGGUGAAAUGGAACAAAAUGAGACCAAUGCUUGGUGAAAGGAUGUUGGAGUUGCUAGCCAAAUAA